AUGUUGAUGCUGCUGUUUCUGGUUCUGCUGCAGAACCACAGCCCACAGACCACAAGGAUACAGACAGCUGUAUAUAUAGACCUUCAGGUCAACAGAGAGUAUCACGUUUCAGUGUACGUGCUGGUCUUACUGGGAGCCGUGCUGGUUUCUGGGGCUCCUCGCCAGUAUGUCUCCAGGACACUGACAGACAUGCAGGACCUCAUCGCAAAUGAACUGGGGCUGAAGCAGCCAGAGGUCGGCAACACUGAACUCUUCAGUUUUGUCAACAGCAUCAACACCUCCUGCGAGAAAAAAAAUGACAUGGAGCUGAUGAUUACCACUCUGGGUGUCUACAAACACAUCUUCUCCAGCAUCAUGAAACAUAGCGGCAGCCAUCAACACCACGGAAACCCCGUGGCCUCUGUGGGUCUGCUGGACCAGGUGUCUGAUUCCAAGCGGUCUGACAUUGAAUCGGCUCUUCAGACCCUCCAGCAAAAGAUGGGAAUGCUGAAUGACCGCCUGAGCCGCCUGAACCGCCACAAAGAGGACAUACUCGGCAAGCUGAAACAAAUAAAGGUUGAUGACCUGAUGGAUCAGAAGAGAGCUCUGGCUGAGUACCUGGGGGUCUUCCAGGCGGCUUCUGUGAUUGCCCACGGCGGCUGUUGA